AUGUCCUCGGUGUUCUCCCUCCGGGCCCUCCGGCCCAUCGCAAGCACCUCCGCGCUCGGCCCAAGCACGUCUCGGCGUGCCGCUACGGGGGUCCGACGGUGCGCGGCUGGGGCGAGCGCGCGCCGGGGCAUCAGCCAGAGCGCGGCGCCGCAGAAGGCGCUGCCGUUCGCGCUGAACACGACGCGCUCCGAGACUGCGCAGGGGGAGGACGCGUCGGGCGUGCGGCAUGACGGGAAGAUGUUGCGCAUGAUCAUGUUCGGGAAACCGGGGGCGGGUAAGGGCACGCUUACGGCACGGCUCGUGAAGAAGUACGAUAUCGUGUCGAUGUCGACUGGGGACCUUCUUCGGCAACAUAUAGCAGAGAAAACGGAGGUCGGCCUGCUCGCCGAGUCGAUCGUCGCGUCUGGGGGCCUCUUGCCCGAUGACAUCAUGCUCAAGGUCGUAACGAGCAAGCUCGACCUGCUGCAGAACAGGCAUUGGAUCCUGGAUGGCUUCCCGCGCACGGUGGGCCAGGGGAAGCUUCUCGACGACCAUCUCUCAGCCAGGGGCACGCCUUUAAGCCUCGUGGUGAACCUCGACGUGCCGGACAGUGUGAUUCUAAGCCGCAUCUCCGACCGCUGGGUGCACCUGUCGUCAGGGCGCGUGUACAACCUGUCGUACAAUCCCCCAAAGGUCGCCGGGCACGACGACGAGACGGGCGAGCCGCUCACGAAGCGGCCAGACGACAACCCCGAAAUCUUCGCGCGCCGGCUGGAGCAGUUCUACGCGUCCACGUCGCCGCUGCUCGCGCACUACAGCGCGUUGGCGGCGGGCACGGGGGCGGCGGCGACACGCGUCGUGACGCUCUCGGGCUCGACGUCGGACGAGAUCUGGCCGCAGCUCGAGGGCACCGUCCGUGCGCAUUUCUCGGGUGUGCGUGAGCGGCCGGAGGUCAAGCGGCGACACUCCUUGUCGGACGCGGUGCUCGCGCAGGAGAGGCGGGAAAAGGGCAAGGUGCUGCAGCGUGCUUGA